CGGUUUGGUGUCCUUUUUGUUGACCCGUAAGAGAUUAUUGAAAGUGAAAAGGUGUGUAAUUUCAUAUUGCAUUGUCGUUCCCUUUCCCUGUUCACCUUUGUCUUCCUUCGUACGUUUCCAAACACAGUUUCUUUCUUCCUUCGUCUUCUUUCUUCAUUUUCUCAAAUUCCCUUUUUUCGUAUUUGCUUCUUUCUCUCGGUUCAACCACAGAAAAAGUCGGCCUCUUUUUCUUUCGCUCGUUCACCCACAGAAAAAAGUCGGCGUCUUUUGGACUUCUCAUGGCACUUGAACCCAAACCCGAACCUGGGUUUUUCCAGAGCUCCGUUUCUACUACUUCUCAAAAGCAUUACAGCGAAAUGAGUAUCUCGGAGCUUGUGGCGCGUCUGCGUGUGGUGUAUCAAGUUGAGGACUUUGAUAAAAUAGAAGAAGAAUUGAAGAACAGAGAAGACAAGGUGAGGGUAGAGAUUGGGUCACUCAAAGUCAUGCUCGAAUUGGAGAAGCUCAAUAGCAUUGAAAUAGAAGGAAGAUUGAAAAUCAGAGAGGAGCAAUGUAAAAAGGGGAAGCAAGCCCAGGAGAAUUAUGAGCUGUUGUUGAAGAGUAUGAAACAAAGUGGGUUGGAUAUGGAUGAGUUAAAGAAAAGGAACGUUGCUUUAGAAGGUGAAGUUUGUGAAUUGAAGAAAAAAAUGGUAGAAGAUGUCAAAUGUGUGACCGAACUAAGAACCGAGAUCAGUAAGUUGGAGGAAGAGAAGGUUCGGGAAAAGAAUGCUCUCAACAUGAUGAACACUGAAUUGAAGGAAGAAAUUAAGAAGAAUUUGGCUGAGAUAGAGAGGCUGAGGACUGAAAAUGAUAAAUUGACAGAUGAGAAGCUCGAACGUAAGACAGCAUUUCAGUUUUUGGAGAGGAAAUAUGGUGAACUCAGUGCAAGUGUUCUGAAGUUAGAAGAUGAUGUAAAGCUUUUGAUGAGUGAAGGUGCCUCUGAUUGUGGGAACACUGAACAAGAGCCUAAUACUGGAGUUUCUUUUGCUGUUAAAGCUGAAGAGGUUUUCGAUGAUUACGAGCUUGAAAAUGACACUGGGGAGCCUGUUCCUUUCACAAAGACUAAAGAAACUCAUCAGUAUGUCAAAAAAGGGUACAAGGAUCUUGCAUCAGAAAAUGAGGUCAUAGCCAUAUCUGAUGAUGAUGACGAUGAUGAUAAUGGUGUUCCAAAUCAAGGAUUGCAUAGAGAAAAGGCUAUUCCUCAAACUAUUGGAGAAAAUGAACAUCCACAAAGGGUUGAAACGUUCACAAGAAAACCUACUUCUGAUAACCAGACAUCUUCUAGAUCUACAUCCAGUGGUGAUUUAUAUGAAAUGGAUCAUCUUAAGAGAGUUAAAACUUCACCGGCCAAUACAUACCAUUUGCCAGACAGCUACUUCCUCGUUCGCAGAAUCUAGAGCAGGUGCUUCUCUAGCCAAUCUUAUAUUAGUUCUUAGUUUAAAGAUACUAGCUUCUUGGGAUUAUAUAUAUAUAUAUAUAGCUAUGAUAGUCACACUUUUUAUGUAAAAAAUGACUGAUCUUUACUAAAGAAUCAGACUGAUGAAAGCUGAAAUUCUACGUUUUGUUGCAAGGAUUAAAUGGUUUUGAUAUGUGAACACAGACUUAAAUGGAUAUGUUUUUAAUUGGAUGGAUAUGUAAUGAGAGUUUGGGGACUCUGUAAAUUAAAGGAACAUAUCAACCCUUCAUAAUUAGUUAUAUAAUAUUCUUUUACACUUAAUCUUGAAUAACUGGUAUAUAUAGUUUGUUCACAAAUAAAGUUAUAGCUGAAAACCAGUGAGAUAUGAUUGCUCCAUAUUCUGGACUAUUGAGAAGGGAUUGCUGUUAAUCUUAAAGAUGAUGAUAAAGAUCAACAUAAAAGCAAGGAUGCAUUACAUGUUGAUUGCUGUCAUGUUAACCAUUGAGCAUGCUGAUAUGAAAGGAUGGAAAAAUUUGUGGUUAGAAUGUGAUUCUUAGUAGGUGAAGGCUUUUAAUAACUCUUCUUUGGUUUCUU